CCCAAUAUAUAACGUCCCCACUUUACUUUAUUUACAUCCCCUCCUCUUCCUCUCCAUCUAAAACCAUUCAACAGCAAUGGGAAAUUGCUCAGCACUUGGCAAACCCAAAAGAAAGUCUAUCAUUAUGUCUUGUGCUCCUAAAGGACCAAAACCUAUGUGCAAGUGUAACCACCAAGAGGUUUUACGUGUCAUGAAAACUGAUGGCAAGAUUUUAGAGUACACAAGGCCUAUGCUUGUUAAGAAUGUCUUGAUGAACUUCCCAGGUUAUGGAAUUGGCCUAUCAAAAAGACCAUUGCGGCAACUUCCAUUGAAUUAUGAGUUAAAGGUUGGUCAUGUUUAUUAUCUUCUUCCACUAUCUCGUUCAGAUUACUCUUCUUCUUCACUAGGCAUGGAGGGCACAAAUAGUGGUACGAAGAGAAUAAAAGUGAUUAUUACAAAGCAACAGCUUGAGGAAUUGCUGUCCAAGAAAAUAUCAGUGGAGGAGAAGCUCUUGGAGAUUCAGAAAGAGUCUAUGUCAAGGUGGAGACCAGUGCUGGAGACCAUCCCUGAAGGAAGUGAGCAGGCAUGCAGUUUUUUUGUUGUUUAGGAAAUUUAUGUUACUUUUGAUAAGUAGGAAAUUAUGCUUCUAUGUUAAAAGCUUACCAUUAUUGUAAUCUACU